GUGGCCCGGGAAGCAGCGCGCCCCCACAAUCCUUUUCUUGUCUGCAACCCUGGGGUUCUGGCUGCCUCCUUUUCUACCCACUCCUUCCUCCAAGAAGGCUCAAGGACGUGGCCCGCAGCCAGGCCUUCCAAAGUCAUAGAUGUGAAUGGACAACUGAGUCAGGGUCCACGAGGCCACCCGAAGUCAGUGAUUCACUAGAAGGACUCAGAACUCGGAAGAGCUGUUAUCCGCGUGGCUAUGAUUCAUCACAGUGAAUGGAUACAGGGCCUUGGACAAGUCAUUCAACCAUUAGAGUCUCGGUUCCUCUGCUGAAGGAUGGGGAUUGUGAUAGCUCCCGGGGAAUCCAAGAGGUAUGCGGCAUGGUUGGCAGAGUGCCAGUACACGGAGCCCUUCAGGGGAGCCCCCCGGCUCUCCCAUCCAACUUUUCCCGGACGGAUGACAGUGUGAUAAACUGGGACUCAGUGUGUGGACGCCCACAAGUGUCAGGCCGCAUUGUAUCAGGAGAAGAUGCCCAACUGGGUGAGUGGCCGUGGCAGGUCAGCCUGCGGGAGCAUGGACAGCAUGUGUGUGGGGGCUCCCUGAUCGCCAAGGACUGGGUGCUGACUGCUGCCCACUGCUUUGACCAGAAACAGCUGCUGUCUGCCUACAUGGUGCUCCUGGGGUCCAUCUCCUCCUACCCCCAGGUCAACGAGCCCCGAGAGUUCCGAGAAGUGGCCCAGUUCAUCAUCCACCCAAACUACUUGGAGGAAAACAACAGGGCUGACAUCGCCCUAGUACAGCUGUCCUCACCCGUCAACUUCAGCAGCCUCAUCCUUCCAGUCUGCCUCCCCAGUACUGGAGACCCCCUAGGUCACGGCACGUGGUGCUGGGUCACCGGCUGGGGGAAUAUUGGCGUAAAUCUACCACUCCCUCCUCCCUUCACCCUGAAGGAGCUGCAGGUGCCCCUCAUUGAUGCCCAGACCUGUGACACCUACUACCAUGAGAAUUCCGGGAUCCCCACCGAGGAGCCCAUCAUCCUGGAGGACAUGCUGUGUGCCGGCUUCGAGAGUGGCCAGAAGGAUGCCUGUGGGGGUGACUCCGGAGGCCCCCUGGUCUGUGACGUUGAUGGCAUCUGGAUCCAGGCAGGGGUGGUGACCUGGGGGUCUGACUGUGGCCUCCCCAAGAAGCCAGGUGUUUACGCCAGUGUCAGCUUCUACGCCUCAUGGAUUGCCAGCACAAUCGGGAGCUCAGCCCCAGAACUCAGAAAUUUCUCUCCAAGCCUGGCUGGGAUCUUCCUCUCUGCCCUGUUGUUGCUUCUGGGACUACUAGGGGGCACCCCCGUCUCCCUGGAGCUUGCCUAACCCGGCAGCCAGCCCUGUGGCCUUAGUCCCUGCCUUCCAAACGCAUCCCUCUCUCCGCUCCCUGCCAGGAGGGCAGGAGGCGGCUUCCUGCAGGGACCGCUUCCCCAAGCUCUCCCUGGUCAGCCUCUCACGUGUCCCCCACGGGCCCUAAGUUGCCCUCUCGCCCUCCCUGACGCCUUGGGAACCCCCACAGACAAAGCCUGCUGUUUCCCGCUCCUUGGCCACCGUUCAGAGCUGAGUCUCCAGGUGCCCCCACGCUCAGGGAUUCCUUUGGGAGUUUCUGAGACUCUUGGAAGUGGGUGUCCAGCCUCUGGUGUUGGGCUGGUGCCUUUGCAGGUGUGUCUGUCUGAGAGGCAAUAAAGAUGAGUUGGCAGAA